AUGGCGUUCAUGACGCUGACCCUCUUCCCUAUCCGGCUGCUGUUUGCCGCCUUCAUGAUGCUGCUCGCCUGGCCCCUCGCCUUCGUGGCCUCGCUGGGACCCGCUGAGAAGGAAUUGGAGCAGCCCCUGGCCCUGUGGCGGAAGGUGGUGGACUUCCUGCUCAAGGCCAUCAUGCGGACCAUGUGGUUUGCCGGCGGUUUCCACCACGUGGCUGUGAAGGGGCGGCAGGCCCCGCCCACGGAGGCGGCCAUCCUGACCCUGGCCCCACACUCCUCCUACUUCGAUGCCAUCCCUGUGACCAUGACCAUGUCGUCCAUCGUGAUGAAGGCAGAGAGCAGGGACAUCCCGAUAUGGGGAACUCUCAUCAAGUAUAUCCGGCCUGUGUUCGUGUCCCGCUCGGACCAGGACUCUCGCAGGAAAACCGUGGAAGAGAUCAAGCGACGGGCGCAGUCCAACGGGAAGUGGCCACAGAUAAUGAUUUUUCCAGAAGGAACUUGUACCAACAGGACCUGCCUAAUUACCUUCAAGCCCGGGGCGUUCAUCCCUGGCGUGCCAGUGCAGCCCGUGGUGUUGCGCUACCCGAACCAGCUGGACACCAUCACAUGGACAUGGCAGGGACCUGGAGCUGUGUGCAUAUCUUGGUGUGGCCUCUGUCCGGUAUCCCCGCAGUUCCUCCCAGUGUACCGGCCUUCAGAGGAGGAGAAGAGGAGCCCAGCGCUGUAUGCCAGCAACGUCCGGCGCGUCAUGGCAGAGGCCCUGGGGGUCUCCGUUACAGACUACACGUUUGAGGACUGCCAGCUGGCCCUGGCGGAAGGCCAGCUCCGUCUCCCCUCGGACACUUGCCUUGUGGAAUUCGCCCGGCUCAUGAGAGGCCUCGGGCUGAAGCCCAGAAAGCUGGAGAAGGACUUGGAGAAGUACUCUGAGCGGGCGAGGCUGCAGGCGGGGGCGACGGCCAGUCUAUCGGGGUUCGCCGAGUAUUUGGAGGUGCCGGUGUCCGACUCGCUGGAGGCUAUGUUCUCACUGUUUGACGAGAGUGGCACCGGCCAGGUAGACCUGCGGGAGGUCGUGAUCGCCCUGUCUGUUGUCUGCAGGCCGUCCAGAACCCUGGACACCAUCCAACUGGCGUUUAAGAUGUACGCCGAGCCGGAGGACGGCCGCCUGGACGAGCAGGCCCUAUCCCGCAUCCUGCGGACGGCCCUGGGUGUGGCCGAGCUGCCCAUCACGGAGCUCUUCACAGCCAUCGACCAAGGCUGCCAGGGGCGGAUCUCCUUCGCUGACUUCUCCCAGUUCGCAGACAUGUACCCCGACUUCGCCGAAGAGUACCUGUACCCAGACCAGACACAGUUGGAGAGCUGCACGCAGACGCCAUCAGAGCCCACCCCCAACGGCCUGUGUACUGACUUCAGCCCCAACAGCACCGACCCCGGGGGGCAUCCUCUCCGCAGGAAGCUGGACUAGGCCGGAAGGUUCCAGAGGCAUGUUCCCCUCGGGGCUGCGGCUCUGUCCCCACGCACAUGCGUUUAUUGUCUCCUCUCCCAGGUGUCCUGAUGGCCCCGGGCUCUGUCCGCCUGUCUCUGAGGAGCCUGGGGGUGAGGAAGCCCGCCCAGGCCGCGCACACCUCCUCCCUGCCUCGGUCGCACACAGAGCCGUGUGCUCCCAGGGUGGCAGGCUCUGUGUGAGGAUGGAUGCCAGGGUUCCCUGGGUCUUUACCUCAGGCGGCCUGGGUCUCCAUUCUCCUGCACUCACGGUGGCCAAGGGCGGGCUGUCGGGCAGGGAGGCCGUGCACUUGAAGCUGGCCGGCCGCCACAGCACAAACCACCUGCCACCUCAUCACGGCCUGUGGGCUCUUUUUAACCGUUUUCUUACAUUUGUGUGGGGACCGCGUGUGUGUUUUAUAGACUCUGUUUCAACACUGCAGGAACCAUUCCACGUUUUUGGGGAAAGGCUUUUUCUACUCCGUUUUUCCUGGCACUAGUCCGAGGCCAGAUUUUGAUAGACACCCUGGUUGGGGAGAGUGGGUGGGUGGGGUUCUGGCUUAUACUGCCCCCCAGGCCUCUUCCCCAGGUAAAUUCCUGUCUUCCCUUCAGAAGGCGGGCCCUCAGACGCCUGGCCCUGAAGUCGUUUCUUUGCCCCCACCCCCUUCCUUUACACUGACCCUCCAGUGGGUCUGCAGCUUCAAGUCCCACCUGAGGAAGCCCUGAGGCUGUAGGUAAAGCUGGUGCCACCCUAGUCGUGCCCCCAGCCCUUGGUCCCAGCUCCAGUUUGUGAAGUGAGGGGAGGUCCCUGGGCAUGUUGGUGGUUAACACACUCGACUGCCAACCAGAAGUUGGGAGUUCCAGUCCCCCCCUAGAGCGCAGUGCUAUGCUGACAACCUGGGGUCACCCGGGAACUGAGCUCCCUGCUCACUCUUGCUCUGGGGAGGACAGCCGCCAUCCUAUGGGAGCUGCUGUGUCAGGGCUGGGGUGUGGUCCACAGCCGAAGACCAAGGAGGCAGUGUGGCUGUGCCGCCAGCCCCGAGUCAGAUGGAGGAGAGGCAGGUAUCUGGGAAAGUGGAGCGAUGGGGUACCUGCCCCCCCUCAUCUCCGCGGUCUCCCCUGCUCAUAGGGCCCUUGUGGGCGAUCAUCCGAAGCAAGGUCUAAAAGCACAAGCAGACUUGUAGCCAUCGGGCCGCUUCCUCGGCCAAGCCCCCAGGUCCGGGGUGCAAGGGGGUGCAUUGCGAGAUUUUCAUUUGGGGCAUCCCAAUGGCUGGCAGUGCCGGGGAACUAGACCCUGAACAGAGCAGCGUAUGCACCGGAUGUGAAAGUAGCAACCCACCCUUGACCUUGACAGGCAGGCCCGCAGGGUCCUCCGGCUUGCCUCUGUGCACACACCCCACGGGCCCUGGGGAUGCCCACCUCAUUCUACAGUCACUCCCGAGAGCAGAUCCUCAGACAACCCACGAAGGAGGGCGACCAGCCGAGAUACAUGGGGCGGCCCUACACUGGCCGCACCCCUCGGUCUGUGCAUGAAGGGGUUUACUGCGCACCUCCUGCGCGCGUUUUCAGGAAAACCGUACAAACCUCUGAGAAACAGGCUUCUCCCGGCUGCCCCCCCCCCCUCCUGAUGACUGUCCUCUCUUACCCUCCCUCUGCGUCCGCGGCUUUCAGAACUGUGAAUGUAUAUAGUCUCAGAGUCAAGCCCCCUACCCCCUUUUUUUGUGUCAAAUGGGGACACAGUGGGCAUGGGUGGGGG